AAUAAAGGAGUAUUGACAAAAUUCAUAUGAAAACAAAUGGGCUGGCGAACGAGAUGCAGAUGAGGAGAAGGAGAUGCGGCUGGCGGUUGGUGAGAGCGAGAUGGCGCCGGCAAGGACAAGAUGUGGCUAACGGCGAGAACGACUGGAGACUGGCGACGGCUGUAAUUUUAUUGUGAGAUGCGGCUCUGGUCUCUGGUCUCCAUUGGCGAGAUGCGGCCAAGGAGUCUGGGACUGGGAGGAGCCGACUGACGAAGACACAAAGUGAUGAGAUAAGGAAAACAAGAUGUUGGGGCUCUAGUCUUAGGCUAUAGCUAGCCCAUCAUAGUUUUGCAUUUUUAUAAGAGAGCAGGUGGUAAAGUAAUGGGACUCGGCAGAAGAGAGUAGAAAGAAGCUAAUAAAGUACAUAUAGAAAUACAUAUGUCCAUCUUCAUCGUCAUCACUAUAUAUAAACCCCAAUCCAAGCGGUGGAUAAUAGUAUAGAGAUCUCUAGUUGGCAUCGGAGAUCGAUGAAGAUGGGUUUCAUCAACGCCGCCCUUUUCUUUGCUUCUUUCAUUUUCAUCUCCGCUCUUAUUAUGUCCCCAUCACCUGUGUUGGGUCAAACCGCUCCUCCAUCAGCGACGCCGCCGUUACCUGCUCUGUCUUCUCCUCCGCCGCUCAAGCAGGCGUCUCCUCCCGUCAAGACGACAUAUCCCCCGCCGUCCCCUGUUCCUGCAGUUCCCGUGAAGGCACCACCGUCUGCCCCUCCUCCGCCCCUGUCUCCCCUCAGGACGCCACCCCCAUCUCUGCCCACACCCCUUCCGUCCCCCGUCAAGAAAUACCCUCCGCCGCCACCGUCAACCCCGGCCCAUGCGGCGAGUCCUCCACCGUCGCCUUCUCCUCCUCCUCCUACAAUCUCUCCGUCACCUCAUUUCCCACCACCUAGAAACACGCAAGAGUGCUUGCCGCCGUGCAAGGUGAGGUGCGCGAAGCACUCGAGGCAGAACGUGUGCCUGAGGGCGUGCACGACUUGCUGUCUGCGGUGUAAGUGCGUGCCGCCGGGACAGUACGGCAACAAGGAGAUGUGCGGCAGCUGCUACGCCAACAUGACCACCCGCGGCGGCAGGCCCAAGUGCCCCUAAAAAUUAAAUUUAUUUAAUUACAGUGCUUCGCUGUUCUGUCCUUUAAUUUGUUUCUCCAUGGUUCACGUUUUUACCCCCAUGCACCUUUUGUUUCACCUGUCUACUGUAACUCCUAUGGGACAGAUUUGAUUCAUUAAUGAUCAAGCUGGAUCUACACCUACCUCAUGUUUUCAUGCUGUUUUUUUUUUUUAGUUUCAUUAAAUCGAUUGCUCCAUGUACUGCAAUGUUUAAAUUUUUUACUCAUCUUUCACUAUUAUUCAAAAAAUUACCAGAAUUUUU